AUGGGCGCCGUCGCCACGCCGCGCGUCGACACGACGCAGCGCGUCGAGCAGCUGCGCAGCCUCAUGCGCCAGCACAACGUCGAUGCCUACAUCAUCCCAUCCGAGGAUGCGCACUCGUCCGAGUAUCCCGCCGAGGCCGAUCUGCGGCGCGGCUACAUCUCGGGCUUCACCGGCUCGGCCGGCACGGCCGUCGUGACGCAGGCCGAGGCUGCGCUCUUCACCGACGGCCGCUACUUCCUGCAGGCCGAGCAGCAGCUGUGGCAGGGCGUGUGGCGCCUCAUGAAGAUGGGCGAGUCGGGCGUGCCGACGUGGCAGGAGUACCUGAGCAAGAACGUGCCGUCCGGCUCCAAGAUCGGCAUGGACCCCACGCUCAUCGCGGCCGACGACUGCGUGACGCUCUCCAGCUCGCUCGCAGCCGUCUCGUCCAGCCUCGUCUCCAUCCCGCAGAACCUCGUCGAUGAGCUCUGGACAGAAGGGCGCCCGGCGCAGCCGAGUGCGCCCAUCUUCGCGCUGCCCGUCUCCUACGCCGGCUCGGCGCCGUCGGAGAAGGUGAGCGCCGUGCGUGCCGAGCUGGCGCGCAAGGGUGCGUGGGCCAAGGGCUACGUGGCCAGCAUGCUCGACGAGGUCGCCUGGCUCUUCAACCUGCGCGGCUCCGACGUGCCGUACAACCCCGUCUUCUUUGCCUUUGCCCUCGUGCUCAAGGACGAGACGCGCAUCUACGUGCACGAGAAGAACCUCGAGGACGAGGCGCGCGCACAGCUGCAGAAGGACGCAACGGUGCGGCCGUAUGAGGCCUUCUACGACGACCUGAAGGAGGUGGGCGGCAAGCUGGCUGAGGGCGAGAAGAUCGUCGUGGGCAAGCGGGCGUCGCAGGCGGUGCUUGAUGCGCUUGGCGGCGCGUCGCGCACACGCAUCGACCGCAGCAUCAUCGUGGACCUCAAGAGCGUCAAGAACGCGACGGAGCUCGAGGGCUUCCGCGCUGCGCACGUGCGUGAUGGCGCCGCGCUGGCGUCGUACUUUGCAUGGCUCGAGGAGGCGCUGGCGCGCGGCGAGAAGGUCAACGAGGCGCGCGGCGCCGACGAGCUCGAGGCGUGCCGCCGGAAGCUGGAGCACUUCCGCGGCCUGAGCUUCACGACGAUCUCCAGCACCGGUCCCAACGGCGCCAUCAUCCACUACUCGCCCGACCCGCAGAGCUGCCCGGACAUCGAUCCGAAGCAGAUGUACCUGUGCGACUCGGGCGGCCAGUUCACCGAUGGCACGACGGACGUGACGCGCACGUGGCACUUCGGCCAGCCGUCGUCGGAGGAGGUGCGGGCCUUCACGCGUGUGCUGCAGGGCCACAUUGCCAUCGACCGCGCCGUGUUCCCGCGCGGCACGACGGGCUACCUGCUCGACCCGCUCGCCCGGCGGCCGCUGUGGGAGGACGGCCUGGACUUCCGGCACGGCGUCGGCCAUGGUGUUGGCCACUUCCUGAAUGUCCAUGAGGGCCCGCACGGCAUCGGCACCCGCGUCGUGUUCAACGAGACGGCGCUCAAGGAGGGCAUGGUCGUGUCGAACGAGCCGGGCUUCUACAAGGACGGCGCCUGGGGCAUCCGCAUUGAGAACCUGGUCAUCGUCCGCAAGGCGCAGACGCCGAACAACUUCGGUGACAAGGGCUUCCUUUGCUUCGAGCACCUCACCCUCUGCCCAAUCCAGCGCAGCCUCAUCGACGCCUCGCUGCUGACCGAGGCAGAGCGCACGUGGCUCAACGAGUACCACGAGGACACGCUGCAGAAGGUCGGCCCGCUGCUCGAGAAGGCCGGCGACGAGCGCGGCCUGGCAUGGCUCAAGCGGCACUGCGAGGAGCGCGUGUAG